AUGCAGUGGCUCUUCUUCCUCGCUUUUCUCGCCUACGCUGGUGUUUCUUCUGCAUACCCAAAUCCAGGGCUUGUCACCGGAGACAUCAACCCCGUGCAUGACCCGACACUAUGCAGAGACAAUACUGGGAAAUACUUUUUGUUCUCAACAGCAACAGGAAUUGAAAUCCGCACUUCGACAGACAGGAUAGCGUGGACCCUUGAGGGCGUUGUUUUCCCGAAUGGUGCAAGUUGGACCGAUGAGUAUACCGGGACAUCGAACGGCGACUUAUGGGCUCCUGACUGUACAUACCUCAACGGACAAUUCUAUGUGAAGACUGUUUCACUUGCUUACUCUCGGUCUGGGAUAUUCCUUGCUACAUCUACCACGGGUCUUCCCGGUUCCUUUGUUAAUCACGGCCUUAUAACGUCGACGGCACCGGGCGACUCAUACAACGCUAUUGAUCCGAACUUGAUUAUAGACGGUGACCAGUGGUACUUAUCAUUGGGCAGCUUUUGGACUGGAAUCAAGGGCACAGAAUUGGUACCACAGGACGGAACAGUUACUGGUUCACUUGAUUCGCUUGCUGCACGCUCUGGUGGUACGACUGCCAUUGAAGCCUCUGUAAUCUACAAGAAUGGUGACUUCUACUACCUGUUCACAUCUUGGGACCAAUGCUGCCAGGGUACGAAUAGCACAUACAACAUUCGCGUGGGUCGCUCUACAAGUCUGAGGAGUGGCUAUGUUGAUGCGAAUGGGGUUCCACUAACGUCUGGUGGUGGCACCCUUGUGCUUGAAACCCAUGAUGCAAUUGUUGGCCCAGGCGGACAGGACCUUUUGACGGACGUUGACGGACCUAUUCUCGUUUAUCAUUACUACACAGCAGCUGGACCGCUGCUUGGAAUCAACCGUCUUGAUUUCUCGAGUGGAUGGCCCGUUGUCGCCUAAUCGAAGCUAGCAGACUAAUAAUUUGACUUGCUUCCGCGGUUAUAUGAAACGGUUGAUAGGGAUUUGUUACUAGGGGCUGUCUGAUGUACAAAAUGCAUACAUAUGAAAUGGUAACAUUACUGGCACUGAGAUUAAGCUCUGACCGGGUACCGCGUGUGCUUUUACUCAUCACCACCGCUGGUAUGAAUAGCAUGCUCCCGUUUCUUUGCCUCUCUUCGUUUCCUCUCUGCUAUUACGCAAGUUACUACUAGAUAAUCCAGAAUGUCCUCGCAGCCUGGUGCAAGUCGGAUAAAUGGUUUGUGGCCCUUCUUAAAAUACCGGCGGCCAGUGUAUGAUGCUAUCGGUACAUCUUCUUCCCCGGGGUAUAACUUCAAAGAAAAUUCACGAGCUUUCCAUACGUAUUGCCUCCCAUUCUCGGCUGUAAACGUACGAUUGAAUCGAGUGAAACCUAAACCACCCCAUGUACGCUGGAAGAAGUCCUUCGUCAAGACAAACCCGUCAUCAUCAUCAGCUUGUGUGGUAUCAUCCGUCGAUUGAUGCUUUGAAUACAUCUUAACCCGUCCUUUUCCAACGAGCUUCCUUUCCCAUUCGGCGAAAGGAACGUUCUGCUGUGACUGCGGGUCCCACCUCGAAAAUUUCGUCACGCGAGCGUUCUUAAUACCGUCUAAUUCAGUCGAAAGCUCGUAGUGCAGACCGAGAGAGUCGCAUUCAAUCAUCGUGUUGCGUAGGCCAUUGCCGCGCUUGUUGCACAUGAGCCAUGCCGCACGACCUUUUAUUGAGUGAAAAGAAACUGCGAUCAACUGGUUGUCGUCGAAAUAUAAUACUUAUAGGAGGUGAAUUUGCCAAGGGCGCAGCAUGUAUAGGCCUUCCCAACGAGGCCU